AUGACUGUGAAUGGGUUGGGUGCUAAAGGUACAACAAUUGAUGCCAUGGUAGAUCUGAAUAUACAAUCAUUAAAUAGCGAUUAUCAUCAAGCAAUAACAUGUCUUGUAAUUGACAAAAUAACCGAUCAACUGCCUGCCACAACAUUCAACAAAAAUGAACUGAAUAUCCCAGAGGGUACACAAUUGGCUGACGAUGAGUUUUUCAAAAGUAGAAAAGUGGACUUGUUAUUGGGUAGUGCAGUGUUCUGGGACGUACUGGAAGGUCAUCUCAUAAGCUUAGGUAAGCGAAUACCUAUUUUGUACAAAACAAAACUGGGUUAUAUCCUCGGUGGCGGUAUGAUUCCAGCCAUGGGAACAAUUAAAACAAACACACUUUGUGCUAUAUCAGAACAACUACAAAAGUUUUGGGAGCAAGAGGAGGUAAAGAUCGAUGAGAAAACAGAUCAACAGACCGAAGACGAAUGUGAAAGAAUUUUCAUUCAAACAACGGAACGAACUACAGAUGGGAAAUUUGUAGUGAACAUUCCAUUCUCAGAAAACGUUACAGAAUUGGGCGAAUCCCGUUCUACCGCACUGAAAAGAUUUACAAUGUUAGACAAAAAACUGCUUUGCGAUGAACAAUUACGCGACCAAUACGAAGCUUUCAUGCAUGAAUAUGAGAAUCUAGGACAUAUGUCAGAAAUACAUGAGUACGAUUCUAGUGAAGGUUAUUAUCUUCCACAUCAUGCAGUUAUUAAGCACUCUAGUGUAACAACCAAGCUCAGGACAGUGUUCGAUGGUUCGGCAGCAACAAGCUCUGGAUUAAGCCUUAAUGAUGUACAAUUAAAAGGUCCAGUGGUGCAAAGCGACCUACUGGAUAUUUUAUUACGAUUCAGAAAAUACCAAUACGUUUUUAGUGCGGACGUGGAGAAAAUGUAUCGACAAAUACUAAUCAACCCAAAUCAGCGAAAAUAUCAGAAAAUUCUAUGGCGAGAUACAAGUUGCGGUCGAAUCAGGUGUUUCGAAUUAAAUACUGUGACAUAUGGCUUGACGUCAUCUCCAUUUUUGGCUACUCGAUGUUUGAAGCAACUCUCUAUUGACUACAAAAAUGUGUUUCCAACAGCAUCAGAGAUAAUUCGAGACGAUUUUUACGUUGAUGAUGUAUUGUCAGGAGCUGAUACAAUACAAGAGGCGAAGUCAUUGAUGGAAACCAUCACAAAAAUAUUAGACACUGCAAAAUUUAAUCUAAGGAAAUGGGUAUCAAAAGCUGAUGAAUUGCUGAAUCACGAAGAUUCAGAUCAAACUACAUUUAAAACUUUAAACUUGAGUGAUGGCGAAUUUAACAAAACGUUAGGAUUGCUGUGGAAUCCCCAACAAGAUUAUUUACAUUACUCUACCAUGUAUUACGAUCCGAAUAAAAGCAUUACCAAGAGAGAAGUCUUAUCAAUAAUCAGCAGGAUUUUCGAUCCCCUAGGCUUAUUGGGUCCAAUACACAUCAGGGCAAAGUUGUUAAUGCAAGCACUUUGGAAACACAACCUUAAGUAG